CCCCUGUGGCUCCUCUGCCGCCCCUCCGGCUUUACAUUCGGCAACCACGACAUGUACUGGGUUCGCCAGAGCCCCGGGAAGGGGCUGGAAUGGCUCGCUGGGAUUGGUAAAAGUGGUGGCACCCACUAUGCGCCGUCGUUGAAGGGUCGAUUCACCAUCGCCAGGGACAACGGGCAGAGCUCGCCCCUGUGGCUCCUCUGCCGCCCCUCCGGCUUCACCUUCGGCAGCUACAACAUGUACUGGGUGCGCCAGAGCCCCGGGAAGGGGCUGGAAUGGCUCGCUGGGAUCACCAACAAGGGUGGUUUCACCUACUACGCGCUGUCGGUGAAGGGCCGGUUCAGCAUGGCCAGGGACAACGGGCAGAGCUCGGUGACGCUGCAGAUGAACAACCUCAGGGACGAGGAUUCCGCCACCUAUUUCUGUGCCAAAGCUGCUGGACCCCUGUGGCUCCUCUGCUGCCCCUCCGGCUUCACAUUCGGCAGCUACACCAUGAUCUGGGUGCGCCAGAGCCCCGGGAAGGGGCUGGAAUUUGUUGCUGGGAUCAACAGCAAUGGUGGUUACACCGAGUACGCGCCGUCGAGCCCCGGGAAGGGGCUGGAAUGGCUCGCUGGGAUCAGCAGCAGUGGUAGUUACACCUACUACGCGCCGUCGGUGAAGGGCCGAUUCACCAUCGCCAGGGACAACGGGCAGAGCUCGGUGACGCUGCAGAUGAACAAC